UCUCAACCUGAUGUCAACUAUAGUGGCCACUAAUAGUGGCAGUGGAAACGCGAGUUGACCGAGUUAACCAAUGGCGGAAAAAAUAAAACAAUCUUUUAGAAUAGGUAGAAAAUUAUUGUUGAAUGGAUAAGUUUGUUAGAUCGCGAUCGUGUUUCGUUGUGCGAAUAGCUUCUGAAAAAAGCAGAAAUGGAGGCAGAAGUUUGUGUGAGAAUGGUCUGCCCCUCACCAGAAGAAUUGAGUGUGAUUGUGAAGAGUGUGCAGUGCCUGGAAUGUGGGCUUGUCUUUCAAAACGAACCUAGACUUCAUCUGCACAGUCUCAAGGUCCACAAGCAAGCGAAUUUGAUGAAAAAUGAUAAGAAGAAUAUUCAGUAUCAUUGUCCAGUUGCAUCCUGCAUAUACGCCCUCCAGUCAAAGCGAUAUUUUACUACCAUGAAGUACCUGAAGCAGCAUUACCUUAAAGUACACGCAGCUAAAACCUUUAUGUGUACUCAAUGUUCAAAAUGUUUUUCCACCGAAGCUGCUAAGGAUGCACACGUCAGGAUAUGCGGGGUACAGUUCACCUGUAACUGCUCCAAAGUAUUUUCCACAUACGAAGCUCUUCUUACCCAUGCAAAGCGCUACAAGCAUGUCAUAGACAACAAAUACAAACUUUUUCUAAAGCGGACAAAGUCAAAGAUACCACAAUCCGUUCAAGUAACAAUUGUUAAUGUAGGCAAGCCUGUAACUAUAUUGCCAAACCAUACCAACAGUUCCACGACAUAUGCUUACGAUAUGCAUGGAAAAUUAAAAGUAACUUGUGAUGCAGCUAUGCAAACUGAUGACUUUAAAAGAAGUAAAAAGGUGUCCAGUCCUUCGAAAAGUAGUGCAACAAAGCGUAGGAUUUCUCAACAGACCCAAACAGGGGGUCUAAAGACUGAGAAGCAGCAAAAAAAGGCGGCAGAAACCCAGACUAAUGAGCGUUGCAUUCUGAGCAAAUCAAUACAAGAUUCAACAAGCUUGACACUCCUUAAAGAGUGGCAAUGUAGAAAAAAUGGAUUGUCUAAGGCCCUAAAUUCCACAAUACUGAAAGAGGAUUUGAAUUUCGUUGACAACUUUGCUGCUCAAAAUCUGUUCUCAAACAGUCCACUGCCACUUAGUCAUGAUGUCGGGCUUCAAGAUCUUUGGGAAGUUAAAAACACAUCAGGUACUCAGACGAGUGAGGAAAAUCUGCUCGAAGAUCUCAAUGAUAACGUUGCUCAGACCGACCUGAAUAUAUUCUACAAUCAUGAUGAGCCAACUUUGAUGCAUUGUGGUUCCCAGACGACGAAUCUCAACAACAUUCAGUAUAUAGAAGAUAAUUCUAUAGGCAACACGCUCUCCUUUGCGAAAAUUGGUGACGUUGGCGCCACAGAUUCUUUGUUAAUGGAAAAAAUGUUUGACAACAAAUUUAGCAGUAUUGAAACUCAAACAGAACUCGCUUUCACACAGCAGCUUUUUGAACAGGAUGCAUCAUUCACUUACAGUUCAAACACGGAGACUCAAACCACUGAGAGUUACGAAAAUAUGGAUCAACUUUUAUACAGCAAUAUGUGUACCCAAACUUCCGAUGAAAUACUGUUUUCUGACCUCGGUUUUUCCGAUAUUCAAACUCAAACUGCUUGGCCGCAGAUUGAAGAUGCUACAGUCUCAACUGAAACCCAAACUAAAGUAUUGAAAAGUAAUCCAAAUGUGCCUGGGAUUGGGAGGUCUUGGUUACACGCGCAAACAAAUCACAUGGAGACCCAAACAGAGCUUUUAAAUUUUUUCGAAAAUCUCAAUUGAAAAUAAUCUUCCUUGCAGCAUUGAGAACGAUAUUCGCUUUCAAAGGAGAGUGUAGUUUGCAAUCAUUUUAUAUUAAGUGUUUUUUUCACCGAGGUGCUGAGAAAGUACGGGAACUCGAGUCAUGAUUUAAAAACAGACUGGCAUCAUGCGAAAAUGCAAUUAAAUCGAUUAUUGAUCUAUUGCGCUUAUUCCUAGUUCACAGUCUAUCAUCUAGUUAAGAUCAUAUAGAAAAAGCGUACAUGUAAUAUUUCCUGGGAUAUUUAUGGGAAAAUGAAACAGGCGACAUUAAUGGAAAUCGGAGAUCACGUCCGUUAAAGAUGGUUUACUGCAAUUAUUAAAACAUCAAACUGAAAUUAGUAUGCAUAGUUUUUUUGUUUGAAAAACAGAACUGAGCGCAUUAUUAUGCCAUUCGAUUUUUCGUACUUACAAAUCUUGUUAUGUACGUACGAUACUUGUUUACCUGUUUACAUUAUAUAUUAUAUGAAUUAAUUUAUUAAAUUUUCCUCGUGUAAAUAUGUUUAUUAUCGGUGUCUAUUGAACUUUAUAGCAUUAUUAUAUGAAAUAAAUAUUAAAAAAAAAAGGAAAAAAAAAACUUUAAACAUAUACCUAGCUUCAUAGAAAAUAAUAUAAACGUCUCUCUGAAGUAGCUGUAUAAUCCAUCCUCCAAGAACUGGAUUCAAAAAAUGUUCGUGCUUGUAGAAUUUCAAAAGCCAUUUAAACAUCAAGGGUAAAUAUUUAAAAGCUCAUUAUUCAGAAACAACCCCACUCUUUGGACUUGGCGAUAGUUCUAAAAGAGGGCAGCAU